AUGGCGCCCAGCGGUGAGUUAUUGUUAUCCGUGGAACACGUCAAAUAUCGUUCACAGUCCGCAUCUCGUUCACCGAUCGGAACCUUCACGGUUUACGAGGAUCGAGUUGUGUGGAAAGACAACACAUCUGAUGAUAACCUCGUCAUUUCAUUCAACGAUAUCCGAGGUCAACGCGUGUCACCUCCGAACAAAUCCAAAACACAAUUGCAGAUCUGCCUUAAUGACGAGCAACAACCAACUUUUGUGUUCGUGAAUCCGGCUGGCGAUAAAGAAGUUCAUGUGAAAGAACGAGAUCUGGUCAAGGAAACGUUGCAGCAGGCUCUUAUACGGCAUCGUCAGUUGGCCAAUCAGGCGGUAUUGAAUGCACAGAAAUAUGGAAGGGCACAAGAGAUGCAAGCCAAGAAGAAACUCCUGGAACAGGAUACCCAUUUGAAAGAACUCUACAAGCACUUGGUUGCAUCGAAACUGAUUCCUGCUCAGGAUUUUUGGACCGAUUACUAUAACGCGAAGGACGAGAGUAACGAUGAAAAGUUGGGUGUUUCGGGCGGUUUCUUGAGUAGUAUUGCGCAGUCUGAAGGCACGAAUGGUGUGAAGUUGAACUUGAACGUUGAUACCAUUCAGAGUAUCUUCAAAACCUAUCCUGCAGUGGAGAAGAAACAUUUGGAAUUGGUACCGCACGAAAUGACCGAACAACAAUUUUGGAGUCAAUUCUUCCAAUCGCAUUAUUUCCACCGCGAACGAACGGUCGCUGUGAAUCCCACAGAUCCGUUUGCCGACUGUGUCAAGGCUGAUACUCGAGAAAUGAAUAAGAUGUUGGAAUUGCCAAUAUCCCAUAAGGCAUUGGAUUUCGCAUACCUCAGCGAUGUACCAAAAUUAACUGAUACUAACAAUGAGGCUCCGGUAAUCCAGGAGGAUGGCUUGUCGAGUAAGGCGUUGCUGGUGAGACGUUGUAACUACCAUUCAGGUCGCGUGCUGAUGAGCGCCCAAGAAAAUUCACUUAUGGAUUCAGGGAAGAGUGAAAAACACGAUAAAUCAAAGUCAAUGGAUCCUUGCUCUUCAUCGAAAUUGUAUGACGAGGACACCAUAGAAAUUGAGAGUGCAGAGUUGGAAGAUGAGAAUCCCGAAGAAAUUUGGGAAGAAGUGACUCUUUGUGAAUCAGAUUUGAACGCGACAUCAAAUCAGUUAUCACCUGAACGAUAUCAGGAGUUGUCAUUGAUCGUUAAAAAGCUUGCUGCUGCUCCUACUACUCCUAUGGAAGUGGAUUCCGAUGUGAUGUUUGGUGACGAUAAUUUUUCAUGGCUGACAAACGGAUCAAUGCAAAAUGGCGACGCCAAUGGACAUAAGGAAUCGGAACAUCAACAAGAGAAAAAAGAACUGAAGCCACAUCAGUUGGCUCAACUUGCCUUGGUACAUGAUGCAUGCGCCGAACUGCUCAAGCAUUUUUGGUCGUGUAUGCCUCCAAAUACAAAACCUCUCCAGGAGAAGGUAACGGCAGUAUGA